GUGAGAACGCCGGCGAAGGCCGUGCGGCGCGGGCGGCCGGUCGGCCGCGGCGCCGCCGACCGGCAGUCGCCGCUCGCCCGCGGAGAGAGGCGGACGUGCAGCCGAGACGAGCGCGAUCGAGGCAUGCGAACAGCCCCAGCGGAGGUGAUAGAACAGCCAGCGUGAUGCUGUCAUCAGUGCAGAGUGGGUUCGAGAUGGGCCCUGGCGGCCGGCCGGGCCGAGACAAGAAACGUGCCGCCGCUGCCGCCGCUGCCGCCGCCGCCGCCGCCGCCGCCGCGUGCGCGUCCGACUUUUACCGGUAUGACUGGGAAGACGACGCUGGCGGUGACGCGCUGGCAGACGAGCGGUGCGGCGGCGGCGUGGCGGCGGCGCUGGAGCCGGAGCGUCCUCGCUACCUCUGGGAGCACAUCCCACCGCGGCUGGCGCCCGCCGCCAGCGACGCCGACCUCCUCGGACUCGCCGGCGACGAGGAUGACGCGCUGGACGCGCCCGACGCCGAACUCGAGACUUCGCCCGAGCUGCGCUGGUGGUCGCUGCCACCGCGCGGCCCGAGCGCCGAGCGCAACCGUGUCAGCGUCAGCAUCAACAGCGGCGCGGGGCACGGCGCCGAGAAGGAGCGGCGGCCGCUGCACCACAGCGGCGGCUGCCUGGCCGGCACCGGCGGGCCGCAGAUCGCCAUCGCGCUGCCGACGGCCGAGCCGAGCGGCCGCAUUCAGCUGGAAAUCAGCGGGUGCCAGGCGGCCGUGACAGUGAGCGUGCAGGCGCACUGCGAGCCGGCCAAGGCGCGCCCGCGCCGGCCGCGCCUCGAGCCGCCGCCGCCGGCCGAGCCGGUCGAGCCCGUCGAGGACGACCGCAGGGUGCUGGCGCGCGCGCUCGGCUUCUUGCGAGAGAGCGGCUGGUACUACGGCACGCUCAGCUGGCAGCAGGCCGAGCUCUGCCUGCAGGGCGCCGCCGAGGGCACGUUCCUCGCGCGGGACUCGCUCAACCACAAGUUCGCGUUCGCGUUAAGUGUGCAGACGGCGCGCGGGCCGACGAGCGUGCGUGUGCAGCUGGUGCGUGGCCGCUUCCGGCUGGACGCGCGGGACGACCUGCUGUCCAGCACGCCGACGUUCGCCGACAUCAACGCGUUGGUGGAACAUUACGGCCGGUGUGGCAUCGUCACCCUGGACGGCACGCCGCAGCUGACCAUGCGGCUGGGCCGGCCGCUGCGCCGCCAGGUGCCCAGCCUGCAGCAUUGCUGUCGGCUGGCUCUGAACACGGCCGCCGCCGCCGGGGACGCGCGCCGGCCGGACGGCGCGCUGCCCGCCUCCCUCGAGACGUACCUAGACCAGUAUCCGUACAGCCGGUAACGCCGCUGCCGCCCAGUUCCUGACCAAGACCAAAUAUAGCUAUGUUGCGUGGCGCGCGCGCGCUCUGUUGCGCUGUUGCGCCGGGUGCGGCCUCGCCGCCGGGAGCCGCUCUCCCCCGUUGGGAUGGCGGAACGAUUUUGCCGCGCGACCGUUUUUGUUUAUUUACGAGAGCGUUAAUGUGCAGUGUAUUUUAUAUGAGACGCGUCAGAGAAAUAUAGUAUUUUGUAUUAUUA